AUGGCUGAAGUUAUAAACUCCAUAAUAGCAUCUGUAAACUUUUCUGAGCGGACCUUUUGGAUAUCCUUCGCUUCUAUUACGUUCAAUCCGUUAUGGUGGAACAUAGUCGCAAGAUACGAAUAUAAAACGCAUUUUAUUACGAAACUUGUUGGAGGAAAUCCUUAUUAUGGGUGUUAUGUAUUGGCUUUAGCCAUCUUUAGUUUGGGGAUACUUAGAGACUACUUAUAUAAGAAUGCGAUUGAAAAUCAGCCAGUUUUUUCCGAGUUAGAUACGCCAAUUGUUAAGACGAUUGCAUCAACGCUUUCGACCGCUGGCAUUGUAUUCGUGCUUUCUUCCAUGUAUGCAUUAGGCGUGACUGGAACUUAUCUCGGUGAUUACUUUGGCAUAUUAAUGGAUGCGCGAGUGACAUCAUUCCCGUUCAAUAUACUUGAAGAUCCUAUGUAUUAUGGCUCUACAAUGAUCUUUCUUGGGACAGCGUUAUGGUAUGCAAGCCCCACUGGAAUUUUACUUACAAUCUGGGCAUUUAUUUGUUAUUUAAUUGCACUGCGAUUUGAAGGCCCAUUCACUGCAUCGAUUUAUGAAAAGAGAGAUCGAGAAAGGAAAGCAAAGAAACAUUAA